AUGGUGUCGAGAUGUUUUUCUAAACGAUACUAUUCGAGAGUGAGUAAUCCUACGAUAUACGCGUUAUCAACGAAGUUUGCGAAGUCAGCCUUGGGUGUAGUAAGAAUCACUGGUCCACAAUCAUCAUACAUAUAUCAAAAACUUACAAAAUCAACUAAAGAACCCAAGAAUAGAGUCACUAGUGUUCGGAAACUUUAUUCACCCAAUUCUUCAAUUUUACUUGAUGAGGCACUUACUAUAUUUUUCAAAUCUCCAAAGACAUAUACAGGUGAAGACUUACUUGAAUUACAUCUACAUGGAGGUACUGCAAUCAUAAAAUCAGUAUUGAAAGCUAUUUCUGAAUUACAUGAUCCACAAAAGGAUAUUAAUAUUCGAUAUGCUGAAAAUGGAGAAUUCUCUAAACGGGCAUUUAUCAAUGGAAGAUUUGAUUUGACAGAACUUGAAGGUAUACGAGAAAUGAUCGAUGCUGAAACUGAAUUACAAAGAGUUGCUUCACUUUCUUCAUUAACAGGUAAAAACAAACAAGUAUUCCUCAAUUGGAGACAAGAAAUAGUAAACAAUAUCGCAUUAUUAACUACAUUAAUCGAUUUUGGAGAAGAUCAUGAUGUUGAAGAAGUCGAACAGUUAUUCACUACAGUUUCAGAAAAUAUAACUAAUUUACAGAAUGAAAUGGAAUCGUACUUAAAUAAAAUCAAAUCUUCCGAAAUCCUUUUGAAAGGUAUUCGAUUAGGUUUAAUUGGUCCUCCAAAUGCUGGUAAAUCUUCCUUAUUGAAUAUUUUAGCUAAUAAAGAUGCUGCUAUUGUUAGUGAGAUAGCAGGAACUACAAGAGAUAUAAUCGAUAUUCCUUUAGAUAUAAGUGGUUAUAAAGUAGUUGUAGGUGAUACUGCCGGAAUUCGAUCAAUAACUUCUACAUCUGAUAUUAUAGAAAAGGAAGGUAUUCGCCGAGCUAAAGAUUAUUCAUUAUCUAGUGAUAUUGUUGUUAUAGUAAGGCCCAUAAAUCAAUUAGAACAAGAUGAAUCUGAUCUAGUAUCACAUAUUAAACACUUGAAAGAAUUAAAUAAAACUAUUAUGGUAGUUUUAAAUAAGGAUGAUUUACGGGAUACUAAUUUAACAAGAGAAGAUUUAAUCAAAUCACAUUCUGAAGCCUUAGAAAUUCCUAUUGAAAAUAUUCACAUAGUUUCCUGUUCUACGAGUUUUGGAAUUCAAAAUCUUAAUGAUGAAUUGGUCAGACGAUUCAAAAUUGUUACUGAUUCUGAUGUGGCAGAUCCAAUAAUCAUAUCUUCUAGGGCUCAAGAUAUAUUACGUAAUGAUGUCUUAUAUGGUUUCCAACAAUUUCAUCAUUGGAAAGAUCAAGAAGAUGUAGUAUUAGCAUCUGAAAGUUUAAAUCAAUCUGCCAUUGGUAUAGGUAAAAUUACAGGAGAUACUGUAGGUAUAGAAGAGAUAUUAGGAGUUGUAUUUUCCAGCUUUUGUAUUGGAAAAUAA